AAUCUUAAAGAACCGAAGGUAUACCGUUCCAAUUUUAACAGACAUUUUAGUUAUUCUAUUAGUAUAGCAUAUUUUAAAAGAACAAAUGUUUCAGUUUGACCAAGUGAGGCGCCUAGUGACCUAUACAGUUACCGUGUUGCGUAUCUUUACUUUUAAACCGUUUGCGCAUGGCUUGCAUUCUGUCUUAACCAGAAAAACUGUUGUACUCGUAAUUUUCGUGCUAAAUUAAGUGUGGUAUGUAUACGUAAUAACGCUUUUGCAUGUGUAUCCUUUCGCAUGUGUAUCCUCUGGCAUCUUUCUAUUACGAUUUGUUUUAUUUGCGUAACGACACCAUUAUUACUGCCUAGUGCCUAGUAUCUUUUCGACUCGUCAGCGGACCUUAUCGAGCGCGUAAAGAACGUACCGGUAUGCAGUCCCACUGUUGAUAAAACCUCCGUUUAUUACAACGUACUAUCUGUACGUUUUAAUGGAUUUACAAGGUUUUAUUGGUUGGUUGUGUCACCCACGGCUACGAAGAGCGUGGUCAGCGCGUGAUGCGAAUGUGAAAUAAUAAGGUUAAAUCGCUUACCUUACCGUGCCUAGUUCGUUAACAGUAGACUCAAUAGCCCUACCUAGCGCAUAUCGAAAAUUGUAAACAGGUAGUAGCACCUAAUCAAUAUUUUAGUCUCGCUUUUUAUCACCUUAUGCCUUACCCGAUGUUUACCAUAACCGGCAUAGCGGAGCGCUGCAUUUGCAUACUUAUAUAAAUUACUAAAGCUCCCAUUUGGAGUAUCCUAAUCGGGUCCGCAAAACAAAAUUAAUGCAACUAAAUGCCCUGUUAUAACACCCUAAUCAUCGCAACCAUACGAGCUUAUUCUUUUAAAUGUGUAAGUGUAGUAUCAAUCCUUUCGAGCGACCAUGUUUGAACCCUCAAAACCUUGUUGGUGCACAAGACCGCCGUCCUUUUGUAAUUACUUGGAACAUGAUUUGUGCCCUCAGUACGCUGCCUUCCCGUUUACCUUACGGCUGUACAAAUGUCAAGACCAGACCUGCAUUAAACCAGCACGAAAAUUCGCAUACGAAGUUCUACACGGUGCCUCAUUCUUGUGGAGAAUAAUGCGUUCCGCACUAAUUUGUACUAUUAUUAUGGAUUUUGCUGCAAGUCAAAUGCAACCGGUUAACAGUCUGGUUAUACGGUCAGUAAAUUUUAUGAACCGCGUUAACUGCUUUGUCAAAGAUUUUGAAACGGGUAUGGUAUAUGUACGAACUGGAGCAAACAUUACCCAUUUCGACGAGAAUCUCAAUUUUCUUGGAACAACAUUAGCCCAGGAGUUGACACAAAAUGGUACUGCACAUUUUACAUCCAGAUUGACGUCUCCCCGCUAUAGCUGUUUAACCGCGGAUUUGGCUAACAACGCCGCAGCAAUCGAUAACACAACGUUCAAUGCCAUCCCCAUGCACGAGAAGGUGAACUGCUCCGACCGAAUGGGGAACAAUAUUCUCUACAAAUUUCCUAUGGGCAACUAUACCGUGUACAUAGUCCGUUCUGAAAACGGUGACACAGAGCUUUGGUACAAUAUGCCGAAUGACUGUUCCACUGAGUUCGUCAUUAAACUUCUAUGUAAAGUUCCAAGAUUUGCUGGUGGUUCUCUCACGUUCACUGAAGUUACUGCCGCUUUGUACGUCCAAAGGAUAAUCCCUUCCAGCUCCUUGUACGUAACAUACGUGCUGCAAAAAAAUGCUACGAGCUCGGAUAAAACUCGCCUUUCGGUCGUUUGUGAAUAUCGCCCAACGGGUGACAAUAAUUUCAAUCAAUCGUGGCAACAAGUUGGAGCCUCGAAGCCGUUUACCUCACGUGGCGAAAAGCUUUACAAUAUGACGGUUGAUGGAGAUGAAGUCCUUCUUGUGCAACAACGAGAGCAAAUUAAAAUACAGAUAUGGCUCCCGCUAUUUAAUAAUACGGCACCGGCUCAGUCACUGCUAGAUAGCGAUUUUGGGAGAAAUGAAUCUUCCGACAGUAGAGACAAGAAAGUUUCUAUUAUUACGGCGAUGACUCCCAAUGGAAACAGAAGCGAAAUCUAUGUCGGCACAGAAUCAAUGGGUUUUGCAGAUUGCUCUGUUGAAUGUGAACAAAUGCGCACAAUACGUCAACUGCUCAGUUUGUUUGAUGGCCGCUGAUGCUCCUUGUGGAUGGUGUCCUGCAACCAACCGAUCGACCUCGGCAUUGCCUCGGCAUGGUUUCGAAGUAAAGACGUAUUCUAGUACCGCACCAUACCGGCUUGAUCAAGGUUCCCUGCUCGAUCAGAGGCUGCUGCUUUCCCCGUACUCGGUACUGGACAAACUGCAUCGAACAACAUGCAGGACUCCGUCUUGUAGUCAGGUCGAUGAGGGGCUACUAUGCUCUGUCAUUCAGACCUGCAAGCUUCGCAACAAGACGAGUACUAAAGAACUUUGGCUCGAAAGCAUCACUACUAGUAACGAAAGGUGUGUCAAUCCAUUCCAGUCGCUUAUGCAGCCGACACGCAAUCCACAAUUUUUACGAAAGUUAUCUGGGACGUCUGCCACCGCUUCAGGCUUUAUUCAAAACGACCCUCGCAUAACUUUAAACUCAAAGACAACGGUUCUACAUACUCAAAAACCUCUGCCACACUACAAGCCCGGUGCUACAAAGCCCAAAGAAAGCAUGGAUCACAUCAUAUUAGUUACUCUGAUUAUUGUACUGAUUGUAUUGUCCAGUUUGAUCGUGGUGUACCUUGUGAAAUACCUUCGAGUACGCAAGGAAAAUCGUGUUAUCGUACAAAGAUUCCAAGGCAAAUAUCCGGAAUGUAUGGGAACAAAAUCCUGCAGCAGAAUUCUAGAUAUUUUGCGGAGCAGAAGUGUACUGAUUCAGUAUCAAUACUCGAAGUACCAGGUGCAACGCCACAACAGCCAAGAUUCCGAGGACGAGGAAGUGGCGCUGCCUGUGACUGUGGUUCCCUAAAUUAAUAAGCCACAAUUGAGCAGUAACGUACUAACGCCGGAUUCGAUGCUAUUGUAGCGGCUCGGGCACUUGUCGCCGACAAGUUGUCGGCGCACAUACUAAAGUAGCAAAGCACUGCUACGCACAUUUCUAUAACUGUAAGCCAAUAAAGUUGUGUAUAAACAGACGAGCAGACUUUGAACACAUCGGACCACAUUGAUGCAUUUUAAUUUGAAUUUUUAUAACUAUGAUCUGUGCACCGUGUUCCUCGAAAUUUUGGUGAUGAGAAAACGUUUACGCUGCAAAGUGGUUAGAUUUGUAAUUGUUUACACAGAAAGUACAAAAUUGUUCAGUGCAACAUCAGUUGUGCUAAAAUAAAUAGUUGUUCAAUGCAAUAGCAACAUUUUUCUGUCCACUAUUUUCUGCAAUAAUAGCUCUGUCGGUCU